UCCCUGUUUUUCUUUUUUCCAUAACAAAAAUGUGCUCGCGUUCGUACUCGUCCAGUUAAAAUUACGCAUUACGCCGGGUUUACCGCAGUUAAAUUCGUUAAAGUUAAACCAAAAUGUACCGAAUACUUAGCCUAAGAAGCCUAUCUAGAAAUAAGAACAAACUACUGGUCAACAAGACCAGUUUGGUGCGAAUUAAUCCGGAACUGAUUUGCUUCCAGAAGUUUUCCCAUUUAUGUAACCAGCAGCUAAGUGGAUUUUCUGUUGCUGAAGGUACCCUUCUGAUAAAAGAUGCUGCUGUUACCAAACUCGAUUUUAUAAAGCGUGUUCACUCGACCAUAUCAACAGCAGAGAUGUUAGAUGUUGCUGACAAGAAAAAACGCAAGAAAUCAACAAAGAAAUACACAGAACUUUUGAAAGUGACGGAUAAAUCAACGAAGCAAACCAAAACAUCAAUUCAGCAACUAAAAGCCCAAAAGCUAGCAGAUUUUAUAAACAGUAAAAUCUCUCAUGACUGUUCCGGUGAAAGACCUUCAAAAUUAAACAAAAGCACUUCUCAAAAUACCAACAAUGUGGCCACCUGGAAUUUCGAAGAAACACCAGUGAUCUACAUUGGGGAGAACAUGAAGGAACUGGAACUGCCCAACGCAGUAUUGGCCGAGAUUUUAGAAAGCUAUCGAACGCUCAAAGAACUCCACGAAAAGGGCGAUGCCGCCGUUGCAGAGGAUAUGGUUGAGGAAGAAUUUUUAGACGCUAACGAGACUUUAAUCGAAGAAGAGAUGCUUGAACUGUCCAGCGCUCAAAAACCGAAACGAAAAUCAAAGAAAGGCAAACAAUCUCAGAACAAAGAAAAAAAAUUCUCAUCAAAGUAUUACCAGAAUCCAGAAAUGGAACUGUUGGCUCGAGACAAAAGCUUCCACGUAAUAUUGUCUGCCUAUUUGGACAUUUGUCUCGCCAAUGGGAUGAUCAAUCGUGCCUACGCAACUGUGCUCAAUUACAGGCAUAAACGAAAACGCAAAGUUUCAGAUAUUGGAAUAUAUAACCUUCUGUUACACGGUUAUGCUGAGAAUGGCAAUCUUUUAAAAAUAAAACAUAUUUUGAAGAUUCUGAAAGAGGAUAAUAUUGAACCAACGCCUCAAACAUAUGCUGCCGUUUUUGAGUGUCUUGGUAGAUUGGAAACCACUGAUGACGUGAAGGCAGAUUCGAUAAGUUAUCUCAAGGAAGCGGAAGCCAAAGGAUUCACAAUGGACGCUGUGUUGAACCAAAGCAAAUUUGUGCGCGAUCAGCGGGAAACUGUGCUGAAUUUGUUCUGUGAAUUGAAGCCGGAGUACACACCUAACUAUACUGCUCCGCCGUUGCUGUAUGACAAUCACCUUUUGAACUCGCUCAACGAGAAUGUCAGGCCUCCCAACGAAAGGCAUAUCAGUGGAGGAGAUGUUAAAGUUGCUGGUUCUGAAAUAAUGGAACCGAAGGCAGGAUUUACGCGAGACCAACUGGAAGAAUUUAGCAAAGCUCAAGUGGAAUUGGAAUUGAAGGGGCACCUAACGGUGAAGAGCAUUCAAAAGUUUUCUACCCCAAAUGAUACAGUUAAGCAAUACCGCAAAGAGCUUGAAGAGCUUCGGAAAGUUUGGGCAAAACAAAUCACUUUGGCAUUCCACCGGGAUCUUAACACAUUGAAAGCAGUAACAGAAUCAAAAUCUAACCGUGCCAUCAACUUGUUUCCGUACCUCAAGGUUCUGAGCGUGGCACAGUUCACCGAAAUUAUCUUGGAUGAAGCCCAGAUGUUGCUCGAGGGAUCAGAUACAUUCAGUUAUGUCCAAUCGCAACUGCAAAAAGAACUUGGCUACAAGGUUGAGUCUCGAUAUAACGUGGAGCAAAAACGAAAAAGUGGAGUGUUGGACAAGACGUGUGAAAUCUACAGUUUGUAUUGCGAUGUGUUGUCGGAAGAAAACAGUAGCGAUAACUCGAGACAACUGUGGCAACGACUUGUCCAUGAUAAUAGGAACGAUGGACCCAGUUUGGAUAUCCAGUUGGCGUCGUGGCCCAGAGCUGCGGUUUGCGGUGUAGGAAAGUUUCUAUACAAUAUUAUUAAAAACGAUAUGAAAAUCAACGUAAAUGCUACCUCACGAGGAAACCGGCAGGUGAAGUUUGUUCCCGCGUUCUACUCGCUUUUCAGAUAUGAGGCAAAAAUCGCUAGGGAACAAAUCAAACCUCACCCAGUGCUAAUCAAACUACAUAGAAAAUCACAACAGGAGCAUCUUAAAUUUGAUGUGAAUUUAGUGCCUAUGCUUUGUCCUCCGCAACCUUGGAGUACGCCCACGAAUGGGGGCUACAUCGUAGCAAAAUCAGAACUCAUACGGCUACCUCAGCAAGCCCAUCAACAGUCCGAACGCAUCAACCAGGCAAAUCCCCAAGAUAUGUACCCUACGCUCGAUGCCCUCAAUCAACUAGCUGCUAUUCCUUGGAAAAUCCACGAGGAAGUUUUGGAUAUAAUUCUGGAGGUGUUCAACAAUGGAGGCAAUGCUAAACUCGAUGUUCCGGAGCCACCGAGUGCGCUUCCUGGAAUUGUUGAAACCAUGCCGCGAAAUGAAAUGACCGGCUACGACCGUUUUAAAAUGAUGCGCCAAAAGAUGACGCAUCGGCGGAAGCAAGGAGACAUGUACAGCUUGUGGUGCGAUGCACUGUACCGGCUAUCAUUAGCCAACCAUUUCCGGGACAAAGUAUUUUGGCUUCCGCAAAACAUAGAUUUUCGUGGAAGAGUAUACCCGAUUCCACCCCAUUUGAACCAUUUGGGACACGAUCUGGCUCGCAGUUUGAUGAUCUUUCACCAAAAGAAGCCCUUGGGUCCAGAUGGCUUCAAAUGGUUGAAGUUGCAUUGCAUCAAUCUAACCGGAUUGAAGAAGCGAGAGUCAGUUGAGGAUCGUUUGAAGUACGCAGACGAAAUAAUGGACGAUAUUUUAGAUUCUGCUGAUCGACCCUUGACCGGUCGAAUGUGGUGGAGUACAUCUGACGAACCUUGGCAAACUUUGGGAUGCUGCAUAGAAAUUGCAAAGGUGCUUCGAUGCCCUGAUCCAGCCAAAUUCAUGAGUGGCUUUCCUAUCCAUCAAGAUGGUUCGUGCAAUGGUCUACAGCACUAUGCAGCGUUGGGUCGAGAUACGGUUGGAGCAAAGAGCGUUAAUCUCGCCCCAUCUCAUGUACCCCAGGAUGUAUACAGUGCGGUAGCUGCCUUAGUGGAAGAAAAUCGUGCCAAAGAUUCUGAGAACGGCGUGAAAGUUGCACAGAUCCUUGAAGGUCACAUACAACGGAAAGUUAUAAAACAAACUGUCAUGACCACUGUGUAUGGCGUGACGCGCUUCGGUGCUCGGAAACAAAUCGCCCGCCAGUUGGAAUACAUCGACGAUUUUCCCAAAGAAUGGGUUUGGUCCGCUUCCAGCUACUUAACGGUGAAAACCUUCAAUGCCUUGAGCGAAAUGUUCACGUCGGCUAGAGAAAUUCAAGAUUGGUUUACCGAUUGUGCAAGGCUCAUCUCCGCCGUAUGCGCGAGGAACGUCGAAUGGAUCACACCGCUUGGCCUGCCGGUGGUUCAGCCAUACAACCGCUCCGACAGGCCGAUGUCCUCCAAGGCGAACCACAUGCCGGAACAUUUCUCAAUGGACUCGUACGAAAAGCCAAACAUCAUGAAACAGAAGAAUGCAUUCCCUCCUAACUUUGUGCACUCGUUGGAUUCAAGCCACAUGAUGCUGACGUCUUUGUUCUGUGAACGAGCCGGACUGACGUUCAUUUCCGUUCACGAUUGUUACUGGACGCAUGCCUGUAUGGUACCUACUAUGAAUAAGAUAUGCCGAGAACAAUUUGUUGCUCUACAUUCGGAACCAAUUCUCGAAGAUCUCUCCAAAUUUUUAGUUCAAAAAUACAGUUACAAUGACAGUGAAAUAACCAACGACGGUUCGGUGAUAGAUCUGACCAAACUCAAACUAAACCGAAGCUUGCAUCAAUAUCCAGAAAAAGGAGACUUCGAUCUGCGGAAAGUGUUGGAAUCGGUGUACUUUUUCAGUUAGAUUGUAUAAUCCGCAUUUCUGCUUCAUGGCACGUAAUGCUGAAUGGCGUCUAGUCAGUUGUGAUUCGAGAAAUUUGGUAAGUUUUUCCAAUUGUGAUUACUGCGGUAGCGUAUAUCGUUUUUUAUAUCUCGUGGCCCUAACAUUUUACAUUAGGCGUAAUAAGGUAGUAAGCUGGACUGAAUAAAGUGUCGCAAGGAUGAUAUGAA